UAGAAAGACAUGCCUGCCUCAAAUAGUUACCACUCAAGAUCCAUAUUUGUGCAUCUAAAACAAUCUGUUUGCAGAAAGAUAUUUACAAAAAUGAAAAUGGCACAACAUGUUUUUAAGAUUUUCUUUCAGUUCAUAGUCCAUUCUUGCCAUCAGUCUGCACUGAAAAUAUGCAUGCAUGAUUCUCUUCAAACCUAAGAUACAUGGGAUUAUAUUUUUGGAUGUCUUCUACUACGACUGAGAGAAAUCCCGUUUUUCAUUUUCUGUUAUAUAAUUUAGCUUUGAUGUACCUUAUCUGUGAUUCUCUUCAAUAUUUGUCCCUAACUUUGCUCCAUUGGUAUCUAUAGUCCUUUGCUUUGCCAUGAGGGAAAGGCAUUCUUUUUCAGAAAUGUGGUGAAUAUAACAUUUGAAGCUGAAGAGGAAAGACUGUUGACUACUGGUAUGCACACUGUUCAAGAUAUUUGCUGUUCCUGCUGUGUGCAAAGCCUUGGUUGGAAGUAUGUUGCUGCACAUAACAAAAACCAAAAGUACAAGGAAGGGAAAUUCAUUCUCAUAAGAUCAAAAAUCAUGGAGGAGGGCGAACAGGAUUUUUGGAAGCCCACGCCAUUUCAAGCAAUGGAGAGAGCGAGGAGGUUGCAGAUAAUAGCAGUUUGGAAGUCCACCUCAGUUCAAACGAUGGAGAGAAUGCAUGGGCAAGAGAAGACUAGAUGAAGAUGGGGCGAACAAUUUUCAAGUAAUUUGGACCGUUCUUUAAGAGCAUUCAUUUGAUGUUAGUAUUUUAAGUUCUGUGUUACUUUGUCUACUGGAUAGAAUUGGAUUGCCAAGAUCCAUGUAGAAAGCCGUCAGAUGUUGACCAUUGAUGAAAGUGGCACAACUUUUAAUUUGGGAAACUUAAUAUGCAUCCUUGGAGCCGUCACACUUGUAUUGCUUUUCAUUACCUAGAGCACACCUGUUUCAGAUGUAAUGUUUAGAACCAACUCUCACUCUAUAUCAUCAUCUGAGAGGGCUGUUUUAAUCAUUUUCUACAGUUAAUGUGAGUUUUGUCUUCAUAUUGACCAGAACGCUUCUAUUGGAUCGGAGUUACGUC